CCGCCUCUCCCCCCCCCCACCGGCCCACCAUGACGUUCACCUUCGCCGCCUUCUGCUACAUGCUGACUUUGGUCCUCUGCGCCUCGCUCAUCUUCUUCAUCAUCUGGCAUAUAAUCGCCUUUGACGAACUGCGCAUGGACUUCAAGAACCCCAUUGACCAGGGCAACCCGGCCAGGGCAAGAGAGAGGUUGAAAAACAUCGAGCGUAUCUGCUGCCUCUUGAGGAAGCUCGUGGUUCCAGAAUAUUCCAUCCACGGCCUCUUCUGCUUGAUGUUUCUCUGCGCAGCCGAAUGGGUGACUUUGGGGCUUAACAUUCCUCUGCUUUUCUACCACUUAUGGAGGUACUUCCACCGCCCGGCAGAUGGUUCGGAAGUGAUGUACGAUGCUGUGUCUGUCAUGAACUCCGACAUCUUAAACUACUGCCAGAAAGAAUCCUGGUGCAAACUGGCCUUUUACCUGUUGUCAUUCUUCUAUUACCUGUACAGUAUGGUUUAUACACUGGUGAGUUUCUAACAAAGCCCGCGGAAGGGGCAGGGGG